CCUCCCCGUUCUACAGAGGAAGAAAGGGGGAGACGGGCAGCCUGUACAGAACGCUGUAAGUGUAGUUUAUAUUUAUUUCACAUAUUAAAACACACACACAUAAGAAAGCUUUAAAGCCUCUGCCGGUCUGGCUUUUGUUAACGUCCAACCGACCCUGCCCCGGCUUUAGUUCACGCAAACAUGAGCGGCAGCGGGCGGCCCAGGACCAGCUCCUUCGCUGAGCCUCCCGGAGCUCCCGGAUCCGCUGCAGCCGGUGCCGGAUCAGCAGUAGCCGGUGGAAGCUCGGCAGGAAAAACUGGGGCUUCACAAGCCAGUGGAAGCAGCUCGACGGGCUUUGGGAAUCUGAAACUUCCCAGGGACAGUGGCAAGGUGACAACGGUGGUAGCCACACCCGGCCAGGGCCCCGAUCGCCCACAGGAAGUGUCCUAUACAGACAUUAAAGUUAUAGGAAAUGGCUCCUUUGGGGUGGUCUACCAGGCUCGCCUCAUCGACAGCCAGGAGAUGGUGGCGAUUAAGAAAGUUCUCCAAGACAAGAGGUUUAAGAAUAGGGAGCUGCAAAUUAUGAGGAAAUUGGACCACUGCAACAUUGUGAGGCUACGCUACUUCUUCUACUCCAGUGGAGAGAAGAAAGAUGAGGUGUAUUUGAAUCUGGUGCUGGACUACGUCCCCGAGACAGUGUACAGGGUGGCUCGGCAUUUCAACAAAGCCAAGACCACCAUCCCCAUCAUCUAUGUUAAGGUGUACAUGUAUCAGCUGUUCCGCAGUCUGGCUUAUAUCCAUUCCCAGGGCGUGUGUCACAGAGACAUCAAGCCCCAGAACCUCCUGGUGGACCCGGAGACGGCCAUCCUCAAACUCUGUGACUUUGGCAGUGCGAAGCAGUUGGUUCGGGGGGAGCCGAAUGUGUCCUAUAUCUGCUCACGGUACUAUCGUGCCCCAGAGCUCAUCUUUGGUGCCACCGACUACACAUCCAACAUUGACAUCUGGUCGGCCGGCUGCGUGCUGGCCGAGCUGCUGCUGGGCCAGCCCAUCUUCCCCGGGGACAGUGGUGUGGACCAGCUAGUAGAGAUCAUCAAGGUUCUGGGUACACCAACAAGGGAGCAGAUCCGAGAGAUGAACCCGAACUACACAGAGUUCAAAUUCCCUCAGAUCAAAGCACACCCUUGGACAAAGGUGUUUAAGCCUCGCACCCCACCAGAGGCCAUCGCCCUCUGCUCUCGACUGCUGGAAUACACGCCGGUGACCAGGCUGUCUCCCCUGGAGGCGUGUGCGCACGCCUUCUUCGAUGAGCUGCGUCAGCCCAACACCCGCCUGCCCAGCGGCCGAGAACUGCCGCUCCUCUUCAACUUCAGUCCCGUUGAGCUGUCUAUCCAGCCCCAGUUGAACUCCACACUCAUUCCUCCUCACGCUCGUGCACAGACAUCGCCUGCCUCACAUGAGGGCAGUGUGUCAGACAGUACCGCCCAGCCCAGCUCAGCACCUGGAUCCAUCAACAACAGCACCUGAGCAUCCAUCUCUCUGUCAUCCUUUCUUUUUGUCUUCCCCAAUUUUCCUUUUCUCUCCUCUGCCCUUCUCCCUUUCAACCUCCCCCUCUGGCUCCAAACCCUUAAAAUAGAAAAAGAAAUACUUAUACACACCCACAUGAACACUCAGCAUUGCUAUUUUCCCUGAUUUUUAACCAUUUAUCCAAUAGAAAGCACUUUCUUUGGCUGCCAGCUUCAGGAAGAUGUCGGGGUUGUUUUAAGGAUAUUUAGGCAGCCACGCUUUGGGCGUAAUAUAAGCUGCAGUUCUAAGUCCACGCUGGCCCUUUGCUGGCUUGUUCAGAAUAAGGAAACUUUACAUUUGUUUGGGAUGUUUGGGAGAUGAGGAGGGCGUUUGUCCAUUUUGUAUGGAUUUUCUGUAUUAUAAUAUACAGUUGACUUUUAUCCCUUUUUAAGUUCAUUUUAUUUGCAUUAGUGUAUUUUAUGUGUGGCCGUGGUGCCAUUGAAUGGGGUCCUGAUUGACUGGAGUUGAGAAUGAGGGCCGUUUGUAAGGCCCGCCUAAUAUUGACAAUCAUCCUUAGUGGGGUCAAAGUUGGAACACUUGAAUUGUCCAUGUUUGAUCGUACAACACACUGUAGAAUGUAGAAAAAUGGCUUUUCUGUCACUUUCUGCCCUGAACUCUACUUAAGUAUUGUCAGUUCACCCGGCCAAAGGGUGAACAAAUGUGAAUAAUUACUUUUAAAUCUCCAUAUUUGAAACCAGACAGAAUAUAUUGGCGGAUUUUGGCUCAUUUUAGAUAAGAGUUGGUUUUAAAUUUUAUUGCAAAUGAGGGCACCACAGCCUGUCUUUACAGUUUCUUUUCAAAUAUUAGCUCCUCAAUUGCCUUUCAUGUGAAGUGAGAAGGAGCAGAGUGCACAUCUUCAGUUUCCUCAGUAUAAGCUCGUGUUUUCUUUGGUUAAGCUGGAAACCAAGCAAUUCAUGUUAAUUCUCUAAUGAGUAUUGCACAUCUCCAAGGGGAGCGGAGAGGGAGCCAAAGGGGGGGCGAGUUAUGUGUCAUGUCCAGCUGUGAACAUAACUCCACACAGAGGGAGCCGUUGGUGUGGGGCUCCAGUUCGGAUUCAGAAGCCUCAAUGAUGUCUCGCAUGUCAUAAACACAGCUGCCCGGCACUGUAGGGUGAAAGGUCACCUCGUUAAUUAUGUCACUUUACGGUGUUAAGUCUCAUUGGCUUGAUUAUGUUAUAGAAUCAGGUGUGAUGGGUACAGAGAGACUAGUGGCCGCUCUCACUGCUCACCUGGCUCGUCAUUGUCAUUUCAGCUACGAUACACAGUUAUGGUCCGUGCAGGAGGAGGAGGACUCUGAAUAAAUUUAGUUUGGUUUGUUGUGAGAGAGAUCUGUUGAAACCCUCUUCGCCCACUUUCCCAAACAGCCUGCCUGCGAUGCUCGUAUCAUGUUCUUCUUGGCCUGUGGUGGUAUUUACUCAGCCUAACAGUCCGCUGUCGGCAUGAACCGGUUGUCUUUCUUCCACCACGUAAAACUUGCAUGUUCAGCCUGAGUUGACCACACUAUAUUACUUCCACUAAUCUCCGUAAUAAUCAGACCAGAAAUGAUGCUCAAAUCCCUGAAACCCAACAGCUUUUGGAGCCUCCCCUUCUAUUCCCUUCUCGUCCUCCUCCCUCCUCUGCCUUCUGUCUCCCUCUUUCCUCCUCCUUUUUUUUUUUUUUCCCCACUGCUAAACUGUAAAUAUCAAGUACCUUUUAUUUUGUUAUUAUUGUUAUUAUAUUGUUGUUCUUGUAAUUUUUUUUUUUUUCUCUAGUAGACCGGCGCAGCAGCGGCCGGACUGUUUUAUCCUCAGUCGCAGUCUGUAAAUACGAUUUCAUUUCAGUCCCUGGUUCAGGAGGGGAAAAACCGAACAAAAUGUUUCAUUUUUAUUCUCUCUCCCUCAAUUUCUCUCCUCACGACUUUCCCCUUUCCCACAUAAAUGUGGGCAUAACUGUUUUAUUUAUUGUAUUUAGGGUUUUUUUGGUUUUUGUUUUUUUUAGGGGGAGGGGGGAUCAUUUAUUUUCCACUGGGGUGGUACAAAUGAGGGUUUAAAGUUUUUGUUUUUUUUAACCCAAAUUUUAGUCCAGCAAUGUCACAUGCAAAACGAUUUCACAUCCAAGAUACUGUACUGAGAUCCAGACGUCGGUGUGUCCUUUCCAAUCAGUGGUCAUGUUUGUAUGCAGGUGGAACUCCAGUUUUCCAUUUAACUUCAGUGUGAAAGGAAUGUUACAAGCCUCUGGAUCUAUGGGGUUGUGGUGUGUGUGUGUGUGCGUGUGUGUGUGUGCGUGUGUGUGUGUGUCUGGAGGAAAGGGGAAAUAAUGAAUCUGUCUGUUGACAUGUAUCAUCUCCUGUGUCCGACCGUCUCCUGUUUUCGCUUACCGUAGUGUUGUAUGUGUGUGUAACAGGUUCGUCCUGUUAGUACUGUGUGUAUGCUUCACAGAUACUUGACAAGUUUCUUGAGCACAGCUGCAGGGAAUGUAUGUGUGUUUGUGUGUGUGCUGGCAGACCAUGGACAUUAUUCUCAGUACUCCUGACUUUUUUCCUUAAAUGAAGAACUGACUAAAUGUGCUAUUUUAAUGUUUUUUUUUUUCCAUCUUCUGAUCUGUCACACUUUGUUUUUAAUUUGCUAUGGCCCUGCUCUUUUAUCACCAUUGUCUGAGGGUAAAUUGUCAUUGUUGGGAACAGAACGGUUGGAUAAAGGAGAUGAUGAUGAAGAGGGAGGGAUGGAGGGAGAGACACAGUUUUUGUUUGUUGGUAUAAAUAAUUAAACUCAUUAAUAAAGUGAUGA